UCAUCAACAUCCAUUAAUUUGGCAUUCAAAAGAAACCAUCAAUUAAUUUCUUUUUUGAAUAACCCGAAAAGGAGGAAAAUGACCUCUUUUGUUCAAGCUUUGAUUUUGGUGAUAUUGUCAGCAACACUAUUGUGCUUUGCACAUAGCGUUCCUCAGGUGCCUUGUUACUUCAUAUUUGGUGACUCGUUAAUGGAUAAUGGCAAUAACAACCACCUGGUUACGACGGCAAAAGCCAAUUAUGCACCAUAUGGAAUUGACUUUCCCGAUGGUCCUACCGGGAGAUUUUCAAAUGGUCGAAAUAUUGUGGACGUUGUAGCUCAACAACUAGGGUUUGAAAACUUCAUUCCACCUUUUGCAACCGCAAGAAGUGACGAAAUAGCUCAAGGGGUAAAUUAUGCAUCAGGUGCUGCUGGAAUUCUUGAUGAAACCGCUGAACAUAUGGGUGGUAGGGUAUGCAUGAAUCAGCAACUAACAAAUCAUGCUAUCACAACUUUGCAACUAGUCGACUUGAUAGGUAAUGGGAGUUUAGCCAGAGUUCGACAACACCUCAACAAAUGCAUAUACACCGUUGCAAUGGGCAAUAAUGACUACAUUAACAAUUACUUUUAUCCGGAAUACUAUCAAACAAGCAGCUUAUACACGCCAGAACAAUAUGCCGAAAUCCUCGUCAAACAAUAUUCCAAACAGUUAUCCACACUGUAUAAAUAUGGAGCAAGAAAGUUUGGGAUACAUGGAGCCGGAUACAUAGGUUGUACACCAGCAAUGAUGAAGAGGUUUAACACAAUUACAUGUGUGAAUGCUGUAAAUGGAGCUAUUAUACAAUUCAAUACCAAGCUUGUUACUGCUCUUGGUGAGCUCGAGAGCAAACUCUCUGAUUCAAAGUUCAUCUUCAUUGACCCUCCUCUUGGAUAUUCUAGUGGUAAGUUGCUUGCAAAUUUCUUCUUUUCUUUUUCCACAUGAAACUAUAUAUAUUUUGUGUUCUUUAAAAGAACUCAAAACCAUAGGUAAAUUGUACAAAUGUCAAAACCAGUAACAUACAGAUAUAUAAAUUUAAUAUUUUACAAAAUCUAUUAUCAAUCAUGAAAUCCGAGUAUAUUAGCAUUUAUCCAACAAUUAUAUUCCUUUUGUAAUACAUAUAUUGCUAAAUGCUAAUUGAUUAUGGGGUAGAUGUCAACCCGAUAAAAUGGUCUUCAACAUAUUAUAUGGAAUAUAGUAAACUUUGUUCAUACAUAUGUUUACAUCUUCAUUUUUUCUUAGCUACCAUCUAUCGGUUCUCGAUAAUAGCAACCCACCGUGGAGGCAAGGUUGAAAUAUAUUCUUAGGGUUUAAAUAGUUUUUGGGAAAGAAACAAUUAUAAAUGUCUUCAAAUUAACAACAAACCCAAAAAAAUGUAUAAAAAGGUAACAUAUAUUAGGAUUUUGUUUUCCACAUACAAUGUGAGGUUUAGCAUGGGUAUUUUAAUUGUACAUUUUUGACUCGGUUUUUAAAAUUCUGUUAUGACUUUAAUCAAAACUUUAAAUUUGUUAUUAAUAAGGUCCAAACUUUUUUUACAAAUAGCCGCAAAUUAUUAUUAUUAUUAUUAUUAUUAUUAUUAUUUUGCAACUUUAGUUUUUUACAAAAUCAUUUAGACUUUUUUAACUUUUUUACAAUCUUUUAUUAG